CGCAGCGAUGUGCAUUGAUCACAAGAGGUUUUACAAGUAAUUUAAAUGUCCCAAAAAUGUUCGAAUCAUUGAAAAAAAACAUCCAGUCUGUCCAAGAUGGCAUUACUGCAGGACUUCAAAGACUGUCGGUGGGGGAGAAGUCAGCUACAACCCCCACAGAGUCCAAUGUCAACUUGGCUGCCGGGGAAGACCUCCUGCAGAUGUACCAGACCCAGUGGGCGACCAUGCACCAUAUGGCUGAACAGAAUGCUAAGCUGGCGCAGGAUAUUGACAGUGCAAUAACCACCCUGACACAUGAGUGUGAGAACCAGCACGGUCAGAUGGCGGAAAUCCAUUCCCUCUUGGCGCACUUGCCAAACAUCAUGGCCCAGCUACACUCGAUGCUGGCCACUAUUGGAUCUCUAAGGGGACUCUUUGAGGAAGUGGAAGGAGGUCUCCUGGCCCUUGAAGACCUGGAGGAGGACCUUGCACUGCAGGAGAAGACCCUCGACCUCCGCCUGAGUCUGGCGUUGUCCAGGGAGAAGCACAACCAUCGGCUCAACGCACUCAGAAAUGAGCUGUCAGUGACGCACCAGGCCAAGAUGGUGGCCCUGGAGCAGCACCAGGAGACGCAGCGCAAGGAGAGGGAGCAGGUGUUCUCUGAGCAAUUCACAGAGGACCUCAAGAACUACAAGGAGCGGGGCGUUGUGACUAGAAGAAUCUCAAGCAGUGAGGACGAGCAGGGCCUCAAGCUGGAGGAAGUGGACUUAGAGCAAGACACGAGCGAGCUAGACCAAUUCCUAAAUGACCCGGCCUGAGGGGCCUGUCCCAGUGCUCAAACGCGUGGUUGGACUCGGCACUCUCCUGGACACCAUGCCAGGAUUAGAAUGGUGUCUGGGGUACAGCAGCGCUCUCUUUUUGGUUUAUAGGAUGAAUACUUAAACAGAGUGUUUGUGCGAGUGUGAUGGAUAGUCGUAAAAGGGUUGCUAUGUGGAGUAGCAUUUUUUCCCUCUCUCUCAACUUUUUAUGAUAUAUUAUUCAGUGUCAGGAUUUUAAGUUCAUCUUUUUUUUCAUCUUUUAUUUAUUCUUUAUUUGUGUGUAAAUGUGGUUAAAAUUUGGGAAAGGCAUUUCCAGAAACUAUUAUCAGACUAGCCAAAUAUUGGAAAGAGGUAUUAUAUGGAUGGAUCUAGCUUCACAUUAGAGAAUUUCAAGAAAAAUGAAAGAAAAUAAUGAUAGUGUUGCUGGUGAUAUAAUUUGACUAUUUGUGCUGUUGGAUUAACAUUGUGUUGACAGAUAUUGAGUAAUUAUUUAUGUUUUUCAUAUUUGAUCAGUCUCUGAUAUAGAAUGGGUGAAUAUAGUCAUUUAAAAGAUGAUAUUUAGCUGAAUUACAUAUUGCACAAUCAUCUUUUUUAUUAUAUCUGACAUAAUAAGAGUAGUUUCUCAUGAUUGACAGCUUCCAUACUGGUUAAAAAAAAGUCUAUAGUUGCAUAGUAUUUUAUGCAUUUUCCCUUAAGCUUACUCCCUCCGUUAUGCUGUGGCUUUUUUUUUUUCUUCUUCUUCUUCUUGCUCUUCUUUUCUUUUCUUUCUUUCAUUCUUAUUUCAGUCAAUUAUCUGCUUUAAUCCAUCCAGUGAUCCCUCCAACAGCCUCCCUCCUCCGUAAAUGUUGCUUGUACGUGUUAUUUUUGCCGUACUGUGAUAAUUUUUUUU